GUUGCCUUCCUCUUUAUUUUUUUUCUCCUAAACAGGACAGUGUUAGCUAUCACAAUAUCCUCGUUAUGCAGAUCAUCCCACCAAGGUUGUUGCUGACAGCCAAGGCCUUCCUCUCCAAGCUGUUUAAAUGAGAAUGUCCCUGGCGCAAAGAGUGCUGCUGACAUGGCUUUUUACCUUACUCUUCCUGAUCAUGCUGGUGCUGAAGUUGGAUGAGAAAGCACCAUGGAACUGGUUCCUCAUUUUCAUUCCAGUGUGGAUCUUUGACACGAUCCUUCUCGUGAUGUUAAUUGUAAAAAUGGCCGGGCGCUGCAAGUCCGGCUUCGACCCCCGCAACGGCUCGCAGAACAUGAAGAAGAAGGUCUGGUACCUCGUGGCCAUGCUGCUGAAACUGGCCUUCUGCCUGGCCCUGUGUGCCAAGCUGCAGCGCUUCACCACCAUGAAACUGGCCUACGUGUUCAUCCCCCUGUGGGCCCUGCUGCUGGGGGCCAUGGUGGAACUGGGGUACAACAUCUUCUAUGUACGGAGAGACUAGGCCAGGCCAGGAGCUUCCAGGGCAAGGCUGGCACCAAAUUACUGGGUUAUUGCCAUUUUGCCACAAAUUUGAUCUUCAGACUAGAAAG